UAAAAUCUAUUAAUAGAAUACUUAUAUCAAAUUACAGUGACAGUGACGGCCUGGUUUUCGUCCAUGCCAGAUAAGGACUUUAUCUGAUAAAGAGACAUUUAUUUCAUUAUUCUUUAUAUUUGUAGGCCUACAUAAAAUGUCGAAAUCAAUCGUAUGUAUUUUACUGUGCUUGGGGACUGUGCGUGGCAAUAUCCGGCAGGUUUUGUUGCCAGGUGGCGGCCCUGCGUCAUCAUAUUAUGGACAGGCACAUUGUGACGUAAUCUGUGACGAGGAAUCAUACGCUACUACGUCCGUCUGUGCUACUGACGGAAAAUUGUACAAAACGCAAUGUGAGUAUCAGAAUGCCCAGUGUAAGGCAGCAAAGAGUGGAGAUGUACUCGGUAUAACAAGUUACGGGGCUUGUGUGACCUUAGACUCAACUUGUGACGUUGCUCUUCAGACGAGAUGUUUUCCGCAUCGUAUAUUGAUGAACACCGGAAGUGGCGAUGGGUUUGAACCUAUCUGUGGUUCAAAUAAUGUAACUUAUGGUAGUGUAUGUGAGUUCCGUACAGCCCAGUGCCACAAUGAACAGAUGCCAACACUCUACGAACCACUGACUCUGCUCCACACUGGCGAGUGCCAGCUUGAUACAGCAAACCUUUUAAUGGUGAAUUGCUCACAUUAUACGAUGUCGAACUCAGGACUCGCUAUAGAGGGAGGUGCACAUGUUUACCCCCACGGAACAGCUUGUCCUAAGAAUUAUCACCCGAUUUGCACACUAGAUGGCAGAACCUACUCAAAUGAAUGCAUGUACUGCAACUUUCUGAUAGCCACUCAUAGCCUACCCAAGAACAGUUUCGUAACAUAUGCUCGCCACGAUGGCCGUUGCACGAGCGCUGAAAUAUUUGGUUAAUACAACUGCGAUACAACCCAGAAGUUCUACAGUUUCUAUAUUUUCUUGUUACUGUAAUAAAAGUUUUAUGGAGAUCACACAUUUUACAGAAAUAAAACUCACAUGUCAUUAAUA